AUGGUUGCUAUUCUGUCAUCCAAUCAACUCCCGUGGUAUUUCUCUCUUCUUUAUGCUAGUUCUGUUGACAGGGACCAGGCUCAUGGGGGCCGGGCUAGGUCUCAGUGGCAACUUCAGUCUUUUUGUACAGUGAUUGAUCGUUGUGCUUUAAUGGAUCUUGGGUAUCAGGGUUUUCCUUUUACAUGGUCUAACCAGCGGGACGGGUCUGCUAAUAUUCAGGAACGGUUGGAUCGCGCGUUGGUGACUAAGGAGUGGCUUUCUGUUUUUCCUCGAGCUACCUUAUCUCAUUUUUCUGUCAUUGGUUCUAAUCACUAUGCUUUACUUCUGACACUUGUCCCUGAGCGUCGUGCUCGCAAACGACAAUUUCACUUUGAUGCUCGUUGGACUCUCUCGGAUGACAGUCGACAAAUAAUUGAUUCGGCUUGGUCUACUCCGAUCCGUGGUUCGGUUCAAUUUCAGUGGGCUCAGAAAUUAUGGCAUUGUAAAGCUGAUCUUAUUCAUUGGGCAAAGCUUCGUAAUCUUAAUUCCUGA